AUGAGGUGUACGGCCGCCAUUUAUUUAAAGGCGGGCAUCCUUAGUCGCUACGAACAGGAGGCUUUCGAGGCUCGCAAAAAGCUUGAUGAGUCGAGAACCUAUCCCGGCCCCAUCCGUGCUGCUACCCCCGGGGAUACACGAUUCUACGCUGGAAGUUUGGAAUCCAUUCUUCACGACACGGACAGACACUACUGGCGAGCGGUAACUGACGAUCCACAAGUUCAAUACAAUAUACCUCUACGGAUUCGCUUUAAAAUAUUGACGUGGGUUACAACUGGCUGGGAACAACGUUUGCAAGUGGUACAGGUAAUGUCUCCUAGGGACAGUACCAUUAGACAACUGAUUGAACUUAUAACAAUAGAAAACCAGUCUCCGUAUCUCUGUUCAACUGCAUUCACACUCUCCAUUCACGGAAAGGAAUUGGAUCUCGAUAAGACCUUGAUGGACUAUGACAUAACGGAACACUCCCGCAUCGACGCAAUUGAAAAACAAGAUCACUUAUUGCACAAAGACAGCGAGAGGCCAAAGGACUGGACGGUUGACGAAAUGACAGCUGAGUUAUUUAGCCGCAGCCCAUACAAGGAGAUGAGCAUGCAACCCCAACCCAAUUUGGCGCCACGUUAUGAAGCGCGCCCCACCGGCUACUUUGGAAAGAACAACUAUAGCGGUAUGAAACAAGAUGGGUGA